CUUACUUACUACGAGUAAGCAUAAUAGAUAUAUGUAUAUUCGAUUUGUGACACUUUUCGUUUAGUCUGUGUGAAGAAAAUUUUGAGAUUUUUGAUUUAACUUGUCCUCAUUGUUAUUCCAUCAUCACGAGUCUGAAAAAUCGAAUCACAUCAAUCAUCAUUUCCUCCAUACUUUUAACUUUAACUCGUCGAACCACAGCUACCACCACCAACAACCAAGCACAUCCAUUCUUGGCUCGUCUUCGUCGACUUUCUCUUCACUUUCCAACUUUCUCCCCGUUUCCUCCCCACCUCGUCCGUCCGUUCGUCCAUCCAUCCACUCGUCUUGCCUUGCACAAUAUUACCAUUCAACGCACAUUGGCAAACGAGGGCAGAGGGAUUUUCUCAUCCUUCCUCUUCCAGUCUCUUCAAGGAGAGAAAGCAACAUUCCGGAUGUAAUAAACCAUAAAUCUUCACAAGAAAGAGUUUGCCGUCGUUCAUACCCUUAAGAAUAAUUUUAGCGACGUACGGAUAGAUGGAUGUAUAGAAAAGUGGGUAUAAACUGGACACAACAAGUCUAAUCUCCAUCAAGUUUUUUUUGUAACAAGCGCGUGCAUUUCAUACGAAUAUUUGCCGUAAUGACAUCCAACGCAGAGCUAAAAAAUGGAAAUGAUAAAUUUCAAGUGGAUUCGAAGUAUCGUGGCCUAGAGAGCAACGUGUGGAUCGAGCUCAAUUCUCUGAACGACGUUCUAGGGAAUUGUGUCAAUCUCGGUCAAGGAUUCCCUGACUUUCAACCUGCACCUGCCAUCGUGGCCGAGUUGGAGAAAGUUUGCAGAUCCGAUCCCAAUUUGUAUGCUUUUCAUCAAUACGCAAGGGCAUAUGGUCAUCCAAGGCUUGUUAAAGCACUUGCUGCGCUAUAUGGGAAACUUUUGGAUAGAAGUAUUGACCCCAUGAAUGAAGUUCUAGUUACCGGGGGUGCUUAUGGAGCGUUAUUUUACACCAUCAUGGCCAAUGUCGGUGCAGGUGACGAGGUGAUCAUAAUUGAGCCGUACUUCGAUUGCUACGAACCAAUGGUACUUCUUGCGGGUGGGACGCCAAGGUACAUUGCUCUAAAGCCAGACGCCGUAAACAGCUCGGCGUCGUCGGCAUCCUGGUGCCUUGACAUGGAUGAACUAGGGAAAUUGUUCAACUCAAAGACGAAAGCCAUCAUCCUCAACACGCCCAAUAACCCAUUGGGCAAAAUGUUCAGUAGAGAAGAACUAACGGCUAUCGCAGAUCUCUGCAAGAAAUUCAAUGUGCUUGUAAUUUCGGACGAAGUUUAUGAGUGGCUCGUUUAUGACCAUAAUUCACAUAUUCGAAUUGCAUCUCUGCCUGGCAUGUGGGAGCGAACUGUGACCAUUGGCUCAGCAGGAAAGACCUUUAGCUUAACGGGAUGGAAACUAGGUUGGGCGUAUGGUCCCCAUCACCUAAUACGGAAUUUGCAAAUUGCCCAUCAAAACUGUACCUACAUGUGUCAAACUCCAGAACAAGAGGCCGUAGCUGCUGCACUAGAAGUUGAGAUAGGACGUCUUGGGACCGAGCAGUCUCACUUUCAGAAAUUGACAAAGGAAUUGGUCGGCAAGCGGGAUGAGAUGGUAAAAGCAAUUCGAGACGCUGGAAUGGUCCCCGUGGUGCCGCAAGGGGGAUACUUCAUCCUCGUCGACUGGACCCCAAUAGAGUCAACAGUCGACCUCGAGAGUGAGACGGAUCAAUGCGAAGAUAUAAGAUUCGUAAAAUGGUUGGCAAAGAAAAAACAGCUCUUGGGGAUACCUCCAUCUGCCUUCUAUUCUGCAGAACAUAAACAUUUCGCAAGAAAUUACAUUCGUUUCAACUUUUAUAAGAAGACUGAGACCUUGGAGAAAGCAAAGGAAAUUUUGAAACUGCUCCAGGCUCCCAACCAGAAAUAAUGCACACAAACUUUUACCUUUAUUUGGGUCACCAAACAAAUCUGAACUCCUUUUAAACAAUGAAAAUUGCAACUUGGAGGGCAUGCUUGCUUUUAUUUACUUAAUGGGCUAAUGAGACCCACUAAUUUGUUCUAAUUUACUUUUAUUGUAAACUAACUGCGUAUAUGUCUUGUGACAAAUUAAUAAAUUAUUCGAAAUACCUUA